GGCUGUGAAGAAUAAACGAGAGAGAGAGAGAAGAAUAGAGUAGAGCCGUGUUAUACAGCUUGCCCUAGCUGUAUUGAUUCGGAUGCCAGAGACUGCGAUAGAGAGAGAGAGAGAAGUGUAGCCACUUUUUCAGAUGGUCUCUCCUACCUGACACACAAACAUACUGCGGUUACAGGAGAGAGUGGACAGUGUCUAUCUGCGAAAGAGUGAAAUAAACGAGAAGAACCGCAGAUGCCCAACUCCGCUUGGAAGAAGACCGUGUGUGAGAGGCAGAGGCAAGCAGCGAGAAAUGAUGUGAGGGGAAAAAAAGACAGACGCGGACCCUCGUGUUUGGACCGGCGGGACCUGGAUUGCAGAAAGCAAAUUCUGCAGGAUUCAUUACCGAUUUCAGCCCGCGACACCGCUCCUCAACGGAUUCGAUGCGGUUUAUGAAGUACAGAAGAAGACAGAAACUGUGUUUUGGAUGCUGAAUAAUAUAUGGCAUGAUUUAUUAAUGUGCUAUGAAUUAGUAGUGUGUUUUAAUUGGUCUCGCCGACCGAAGCUGCCUUUUGGAUUUGUUUCAUGCUGAAAAUCGAAGGAAGAAAUUGGAAACUAACGUAAAAGACACGAGGCUGACAUCAGAGAUGGUGUAAGGGGAGAAGACGGCUAUUUUUCUACUCACUCUGGUGGCUGUAGAAAUAGAAAUACCACUUUUCUAUUAGAAGAACCAAUCUGCUUUUUUUUAUGGAGGCCUUGGCUGCUUAUUUACUCUUGAACAUGUAUUAGCAGGAACAGCCUAAAAAACAAAUUUCGAGCUAAAGAUUUAUUCGAUUUUAUUAUAUUUUGUCAUUUUAAUAGAAAAAAAGGGUUUUCAAUUCAAAGGAUUUACCAAGAUGGCCACCAAUUAAACCAGAGCGGCGGUCGCCCUAAAUAAUAUUUAGUGACUAAAUUCAGUCUAGUAAUGCUAUUUUCAGUGGUUUUUGUGUGUGGGUGGCGAGAAUGAAGUUCUUCACACUUUGUUCUGCAUUGGCUCCUCCCCCCGCCACACCUUCUGUUCACGCCUCGGCCCCGCCCCCUUCCGAUCAUGCAAGUGCUGCAGAUUGUUAAGGAGCUGGUGUCGCCCUCUCGCCGUCGCGCCAGUAGCCGAUUCGCAGCGACUGAUUCAGAGCAAGAUGCCGCAGUGAAGUUGGAACAGGAGCGAGCUGAGAUACUCGCCAAAUAUGACAAGGGUAAAGAAAGUGCGGAGGUGGAGCCGUGGGAGGAGGCCAAUUUUGAUCUGUACAAAGCGGUGGACCGCUUCGGAUUCCUGCAUGAGGAUGAGCUUCCAGUGUAUGACCUAGUGGAGGAAAAGCAAAAACAUCUGGAAGUGGAGAGAACGACAAAAUGGCUGAAGAUGUUGAAAAGCUGGGAGAAAUACAAGAACAGCGACAAGCUGGUGAGGAGGAUCUAUAAGGGAAUUCCGCUGCAGCUCAGGGGUCAGGUUUGGUGUUUGCUGCUCGACAUCCCCAAAAUCAAAGAGGAGAAAAAGGACUACUAUGAGAAACUGAAGAUAAGAGCCAGGGGUUUGUCUCCAGAUGUCCGUCAGAUUGAUCUGGAUGUGAAUCGUACAUACAGAGAUCACAUCAUGUUCAUGCACCGCUAUGAUGUCAAACAGCAGGAUCUGUUUCAUGUGCUCACGGCGUAUUCGGUAUAUAACACGGAGGUGGGCUAUUGUCAGGGCAUGAGUCAGAUCACUGCUCUGUUACUCAUCUAUAUGAAUGAGGAAGAUGCUUUCUGGGCUCUGGUCAAACUGCUGUCUGGACAGAAACACGCCAUGCACGGUUUCUUUGUCCCAGGGUUCCCUAAACUCAUGCGUUUCCAGGAGCAUCACGACCGUAUCCUGCAGAAGAUGAUGCCUAAGCUCAAACAGCAUCUGGAUAAUCAAGAGGUGUACACCAGCCUGUAUACUAUGAAAUGGUUUUUUCAGUGUUUCUUGGAUCGGACUCCAUUCACGCUCACGUUGAGAAUAUGGGACAUCUACAUUCUGGAAGGAGAGCGAGUUCUGACGGCAAUGUCUUACACCAUCCUCAAACUCCACAAAAAAACCCUCUUGAAGUUGUCCAUGGAGGAGCUGGUUAAGUUUCUGCAGGUGACUCUAUCAAAGGAUUUCUUUUUUGAAGAUGACUUUGUGAUAGAGCAGCUUCAACACUCCAUGUCUGAGCUCAGACGGUCUAAGCUGGAGCUGCCACCUCCAGGUAAGGAGGAUGAGUUUCCUAAGAAACCAUUAGGUCAACUUCCUCCUGAACCUCCAGGAUUGGCAAAUCAUGUGGCUAACGGACAGCCGGUCGGGAAGAGAGUUGAGGGCCUUCCCCCUCGUGGUUCAAGCCCUGCCGCGAGCGUCAGUAAACAAGCAGAGACUGAUAGAACACCAGAGAGGUUCCAAGAAAGUCGGCCUCCCAGCUCCUUGGACAAGGUGCAUCAUCCAGAUAAGAACAAGAGGGAUGGACGAGGUGUGGACAAUCAAAAGGAACGGGCCCCGAUCCACAGCAGCGCAACAGCUGGCGGAAGGGUGCUGAUCCAGAACCAGUCGAAUCACAACUCCAAUGCUAGAUCCAGCAUGCGCAAGGACAUUGGACCUCGUUGGGUCAAGCCUUCAGAAGGCAAACUGGAAGCAGUCAAGGCUGCAGCACUUCGGGAAAGUCAGUUGAGUCUAACUAUGGGUGUUCCACCCUCGCCCAGCUCCACUGCUCCAGAGGAGGCAACCGGGGCACAGCACCGACCCCGUUCACGAGCAUUUGUUCCAGGCUCCAACCGCGCCUCAAACGCCUCGCAAUACGACAAUGUCCCAGGCCCGGACGGAGAGGUUAUGGAGAUCAUAGAGCUCGAGAAACCGCCUUCUCGCCCCCCGUCCCGACCGUACGUCGGACCUUCUUUGAGACAGGGCAGUCCCACCCGUCCCCCUAGCGAUGGAACUGGCGUCUCUCCCUUUCGAAUCCCCAAACAGAGCAAACAAGAACCCCGUGCACCUUUGCACUACCCACCUGGCAUGACUCCUGUUUACGCUCCCUACGUUCAAGAUUCUCGGCCCGAGGACAGACUAUACGGCUCACCAUAUGCCGAGCAAAUUUACGCAACUACGGGUCGUGGCUCAUCUAACCCUUCGCCGGAGAAAACGCUGAUGAACAACAGCUACUUAACCUAUCGACGGCCACCCACAAACGUGACCCCUCUCAGGGUCGCUCCUGCAGAGUUUUCAUCCCAGAUAGACAGCGUUGGCGAGGGAGGGUAUUACAUGCGACAACCCACCCGACUGAUGGGCUCUCCGGCUUACCCGCCCACAGAACUGCGUUAUGAGACAAACAAGCGGAGAGAGGGCUGGUAUGGGGACGUGGAGGCGGGGCUUCCACGAUCUCCUGUGGGACUACCUCGAUCUCCCAGCUUUCAGAAAGCUCAGCUCUCUCCCAUUCACCUCGUUCAGGAGUUUAACUUCCCCCCUGCAAAUAUCUCGGAAUCUGUGCUCCAUUUCAGAGGACCCUACCAAGAGCACUCUGGCAGGCAACAGCUCCCCCCGCUGUUCGGAGGAACACACUACAGGCAGGCGCAGGAGGCCUUUGCAAUGCAAGAGUCCAUGCUGCUCUAAAAGGGACUAUAGAGGGAUACACUUGGCUAGCAAGCAGUUUUGUGUUGGUUUUGUGUUUUUGUUUGUUUGUUCGUUCUUUUGUCUGGUAAGUCUUACUACACAAGAGGUGCCAGUUUCAGGCAUUUGUACCGAUCAAAGACUGACUGAAGAAUUUACUAUUGCUUUUGUUUGUACAUUUUCAUCCAUAGAAUAACCAUUAACUGCCGAAGUGAGUAAUAUAACAAAGCUUAAACGUGCAAAGAGAUAUUUUUGUUUGUUUGUUUGUUUCUUUGGUUAGCACACUGAGAUAUUUAAAUAGAGGGUUACGGAGAGUCUUUUUCGUAUGGACAAACUCAGUUACUGAUCAAUUAUCAUCUAUUUUUUUAAUGCGUUUUAGACAUAAGCAUACUUUUAGAGGACACUUUAUUCCUUGAUUGUGAAUAUAUUUUUUAAGAACAAAGAUUUGUGUAGGUUAGAUACUGUAUGUAUAUUACAAAUAACUAACAGUGAACUUAAUCGCUGUUGGACAGAAGAUUUCAAUGCAUCACUACAGUGUUCAAGUGAAAGUAAAAGUUUGUAAGGCUUGUUUUUUGAGGUUAUACUGUAUAUAAAAUGCAGGUAUUUAAUCUUAAAUUGAAAGGGGGUUCUCAUAUUUUCAGUUCAUCGAGGUAACGGAUUAAAAACCGACAAGACCCAUCUGAUACCGGAGCUUAAUGAAAAUUAUGAAAGCUGCCUCGGAUGUGCCCGGCAGAAUAUUACAACACUGUUUUACUGUCAGUAGCAGAGACGUCUGUAACAAAGCGUGAAUUUAAAUAAAUUGGGACGGUUGAAGUGGCCCAAUUUAUCCAAAUUCAUCUACAAAAUGUCUGUCCGUGAUGCCCAGUGCAAGUUAUGCAAGUAGUUACCGACUCACAAAUCCGUUCAAUAAUACGGCUGGUAGUUUGUAGCAUGCAGAUGAUACGUAAAGCUGGUUGUACCUGUGCUGUAACUCAGUGGAAUUCUUUAAACAAAAAAAAUCAACUUUUUUUACAAAAAAUUAUCGAAUUUCAGUUUCACAAAAAGCACAGGUUUUAUAUGUUACAACAAAAUUAAGCUUAACGUCUCAUCGAAGAUCUGUUGGUAAAUUUUCCAGUCCACAUUUUUUUUGGGAUUAUCCAUCUGCAUAGAGCCUUUACCGGCAUUGUUUCUUCCAAACACAUGGACAUGAGAUUUUUUUUUGUUAAUCUUUUUCUUUUUACUCUGUUUCGCUAAACAUUACUUGCCAUGUACAUUGAUUUAUACCUUUUAUUUUUGUAAUGGCCGACUUGACUUGCCUGGCACGACAACACUACCCAAUCGUUUCACAGAUACACAGAUGUUUGCUACUAAAUAUGUAGCGGAUAGAUUGUUUCGUAAUACAACGUGCAUCCCUUUGUGAUCUGGUCUGCUAUUCAGAAUCGUAUCAGUGCGAAAAACAUUUAUUCCCAUGUCUUAUUCACGGACAAGCAAGCUAAUUAAUUAUUUGCUCUGGCGCCAAAUUAUUUGCUUCUUUCAAGCUUGUUAUUGCAGUAUAAUAAACUGGUUUCGCAUACUUAAUUUUGACAUAGCAUUCCAUUUCAGGUUGUUGAACUGAAUAUUUCUUUGUUAAACUACUAAAUGCAACUUAAUUAUCGGCAUUCCCACUUCUCUAAUAAAACAACAUAGGGUGAUUAAAAAAAAAA